AUGGCCUAUGAAUGGAAGACAGGCACGUGUGAGAUCUGCUUCUGGCCUCAGGGCAGGGACCUGUUAACCGGGGGGAGACCACCACUACGUACGUGCAAGUGUGCACCGGGAGGCGGAGAAACGCAGGUGAAAACUGAGCCCUCCCGAAAUCAAUGGGACACCGACGCGGGACAGGCCCGACCCACAGAGCCGAGAAGGGAGAAACCUACAGCAACCCGCCUGACAGCUGACACGCCAUGGACGACACCUGCUGUCGGAGCGGGGCAUCGGACCGAAGGCUCGUCGCACGCGCCGGAGACCACGGUGUCCAGGGGCGGGAGAACGUCACAGGACAACCUCAUACGGGACCUACCACCCCGCAGGGCGAACCUGCCAGAGUUCACUGGGGCCCCGCACGAGGAUCCGCACACGUUCCUAGAGCUAUGCGAAGAACGCCUGGCACAGUGCCACAACCAUCAGUCAGAGUGGGCGGAGCGGGCCAGUGAGCAGAUGCGCGGAGAUGCGCGAGCGUGGUGGAGCAUGUGGGGGAGGUUCGCCAUGCCCUGGGAUGAGUUCGCCGACGAAUUCAUACGUCGGUUUGACACUGGGUCGCCUCUAGUCGACUGUUUGGCGCAAUUCUAUGGAGCUCGCCAGCGAGAAGGAGAAGCAGUAGAGCCAUUCAUCGGCAACAAGCUCCAGCUGUUCCGCCGCAUCACACACGGAGUGGAACCCACCCAGGCACUGCCUACCAUAACGAGCCUAGUGAAGGAUGAACUCCAACCCUUCCUGCGUAACUGCCACCCCACUAAUGUCUCAGAAUUCGUGCGGGAGGCCUUGGGACACUGA